CCGCUCCGUUCGCGGAUUGGAUGGAGAAGCACCGAGAGGGUCUUUCGACUCGUUUUCGCUGGCUUCCUCUCUGCUCACCCUGUGUGACUGGACGGAACAUGCCUGUUCUGCACUGUGCUGUCUCUGCAGCAGCCGGUCCCUCUAGUUAUCACAAUAUCGAUCCAUCUGUCUCCGCCAAAUACCCAGGGUCACUCUCUGUUUUUCCUUCUCCUUCCUCCUCUACAAAAAGACUCGGGAGUGCCCUACAACCCGCAGGGUCCUUUCUCCGAUUUCUGACCGUCUUGCCGCUUCUGCAGUGCAUAUCAUGAAUUGGAAAAACCAUCACAACCAUCCUCAGUAGAUCGUCUUCCUAUCUGCACGACCACUGCAGUCUCCUCCCCCUCCUCCUCCUCGUGCAUUGCUGUGUGGUAACCACUCCACCCCCACAGCUUCGCCGCCCUCGUGCUGCCCGUGAUCAUGCAGGCCAUGACACCCAUCACACCGUUAGAGGCCGGUGCAGAGCAUUUGGGGAUGUUUCAGAGGAACAGCAAACCAUUCUUCGGCCACAACUCAUUAUCCAUCCGAACCUCUCUGGAACGUCCAAUUUCGGUGGUCAGUGACAGCUACACCGAUAUCGAGGACGAAGACAGCGAAUUCGAAGAAGAAAGUCUUCGUUCUUCCAAUGACAAUCGUCGAAGCCAGACUACAAUCUCAACCUUCGAGGAAGUACAGACACCAAGAGAUGCUGAGCCCAGAUUUGCAUUUGCGCAAGACUGGUAUCUCCCGAAGCCGGUUGAGGGACCUCGCGGCCCUCACCUCUUCCGUGCGUCCCAGUCAUCCAAUGAAUUCCCCUAUGAUUUUGCACUGCAACUGUCUCCACUGCUCCCCAAAGAAUUCCCUCGCUUCGAGUCCACACUAAGAGAGGCUACUCCUGAUACCAUUGUUCCCAAGCAUGAAUACAAUGCAAUCGCUUCCGCUGUGGCUCACCUCGACACAACCGAAGUGCGAGCCUGGACGUCACAAGAAGUUGCCACAUGGAUGUUCCAGAACGGGUUCGAUGCCGAAAUCAUUAGCAAAUUUGAGUCACACGACAUUACCGGCGCUAUUCUGCUCGACCUCCAAUUCGAAGAUCUCAAGGAGCUUGAGAUACAAUCCUUCGGCAAGCGCCAUCAGCUCUGGAAUCAGCUUGACUCGCUCAGAGUCGCAGAUGGCCUAGUAUCGCCCAUUGCCGGUGCACCGACGCCCUUUGAAGACAUAAGUCGGCCAUGUACCGCAGCGGAGGACAGGUCGAAGAGUAAGCAUCGUGGCGGUCGGCAACACGAUAAAGGGAGGGUCGCCUAUGACUGUGAUGGGGACGAUGCGGUCACCCCGGGUGGUCGAAGGCGCCGUGCAAGGCGGAAUCGAAACGGCGUCGAUGUCGUCAUGCCUGGUGAAUCAGUGUCAAUUGUUGCGAUUGAGCAACUAUUACCCAAACCCCACAAAUGCGCUAAAGGCGAGCGAUGCGCAAAAUGGAGGAAACAGCAGCGCCAACUCGCAAGACUGAACGACGAGCAUGGCUUUCCUAUCUCACCCGAUAAGGGAGGUCACAUCUUCCUAGCUGGAGAUCCGGGCAAUGCACAGGUGGCAGAGCGCGCGGUCGAUAACGUUUAUCGCCCGACAUCGGAUGCGAUUCCUUCUCUAGUAGCAUCUUCAGAUCUUUUGGGCCCUGGACAGUUACCCGAAUUCACUUUGGAAGAAGACAUGCUCAAGGCACUAGACCGACGAGACCCUCAAGACAACGUCCGCCAAUUCCUCGCACUCCAAGGCCUUGAUCAACCUUACACAACCGAGACGCCUAUCGAAGCACCCCCAACGCCACCGAUUGAGAUGUUCCCCUCUCGUCACCUCACUCUGCAAUCUUACCCUCAAGUAUCUACCUUUUCCGCAUCUACCUCUGCUCACACAUCAGCUUCCUAUGAGACAACAUCCUUGCCCCGAAGCCUCCAUCCACCAGAAUUUACUCCGGCCCCCCACACCAACCUGAAAAGCCUUCCGAGACUCAGUAUUCCCCCACCACGCUCAAUGUCCGCUGGUCCUCGAUUGCGCGACCCGCAGAGUGCUGUCACAAGCAGUCCUCAGGUAGCAUUGGACACCGCCUUUUCCCCAUGCCGCACCGCAUCACCGGGCGGGGUAUAUCGAUUCGGGACACCCUUCUCCGAAAUGGACGUGCCUGUGACCGCUGUACCCCAGUCCUCUGUUCCUCGCGAUGCAAGCGCGUCUGUACCACCGAACAUGCAAUACAGAGAUCCAAUCCAGCGAGUCGGGUCUCGUGUGGACCGCCGGCGGCCAUCCCUCGCUUUACCACCUCUAAACGAGGGAGAGGUGUUCAGCCCAGUAGGGAACUCCGAUGACUCCGACACCUUACAUGAAACGCAAUUUUCUGGAGAUGGAAGCGCGAGCUCGUCUCCUACUGGAGUAACCAAAGCCGAAUUUGGACUUCUACCCAAGGGCGGUUUCGUGUACGAGGGUGUUGGCCACCACGGCUGGAUGAAGAAACGCCGCACGAAGCUUCUUCGUCACGAAUGGCAAGAUCAUCACUUCAGGCUCAACGGUACUACCCUUGCCAUGCACCCCAACGAGCUGCCGUCCUCAUCGGCCCUCCAGACCAUUGACGUGGACGACUAUGCUGUGGCUUGCUCCUCCCUGGCCUCAAACAAGCUUUCCGCGAAACUACGUGCGCUAAAGCUGAGCGCCAGCAGCCAGAACAAAGAUAAGAAUGGCCUCCCUACUGCUUUUGAAUUCCAACUUGUCCCUACCAUGCCGGGAAAAGGCGAAGUUCGUAAAGUGAUGCCCAACGGCAAGGUUCACCACUUCGCGGUCAAGACCAAGGACGAUCGCAUCGACUGGAUGCGCGAACUCAUGGUCGCCAAAGCCCUCAAAGCCAAAGGCGAGGGCUACGAAGUCAACAUCAAUGGACGUGACUUUUGAAACUAAUUAGCCAGCUAUAAUGAAACCUACUCCACUAAACAUCUAGAUUGGCCACUGGGUGGCGACUGCUUCAUUGCAGCAUCUUUGCUUCGGCGUUCAUUUUCUGUUUCCAGUUCUGCUCCAUUCAGCAAGCGUUGCCUUCUUUGAACCCUCCGAUUCGGAGUGAUGACCUGUUCCCCAUUUAUUAUACCCUUAGGACGAGUUAGUCUGUGAUUCUUUUGGUUCUUCUCCUCUCCUUAAACUCCAAGGCAUUCUUUCUUUCUUCGCAUCGACACCUAGCAACGACGUCGAUCAAGGAAAGACACCGCAAUUGAACUUCGAGAAUUAUAUUUGCUGUCAAUCUGCAUUUCAAGCAUGACAGACUGUUUGAGCGAAAAGUCAAAUUUAUUCUCGGCUUGUAGCAGCCACCAGCAUUAGCGUCGAUCAACUUAGCAAUAGUUACAACUAGCAUAAGGUACACACAGCAAGAACAAUGAAUAUAUGAAAUAC